AGAAGAAGCGGGACAGGAGGAGGAGGAGGAGAAGAAGAAGCUAUCCGCUGCGAACGUAAACAAAUGCUAAAAUAAGUGCGAGUACACAAACAUGUCUAUCGUGUUUGUGCCAAAGAAACUUCGAGGAAAGGCGAAAAUCAACCAAGAGACGAUACAGAGGCUGCUGGAUGAAAAUGACCAGUUGAUAAGAUGCAUCACAGAAUACCAGCAGAAAGGACGAGCAGUGGAAUGUGUACAAUACCAACAGAUCCUGCAUCGCAACAUCGUCUAUCUGGCGACCAUAGCUGAUGCUAGCCCUGACAACACACCUCCCUCUACCAAUUCUCCAUCUAAUGACACCUCUGCCUCGCCACCAGCUGUGAAUGGCCAUAGAGGGACAUGAUGUUGGCAGAUCCUGUCCAUGGAUCUGGGCAGGGAUGUGACAUUUGUAUUGUUAAUGACUGAACAACUGAAGGAAUCAUAUUUAAUAUGUUGAGUGCAAACCUCUGUUCUCAGUAAUGCAACCCACUGCAGGAUCACAGUUCAUUAAUGCCAUGUUUAUGUGGAGAAACACUUUUUUUCAAAAUGUUUUAUUUUUCACUGGAGUGUACACUAAAACACUUUUCCUCUUCUUAAAAGUA